AAAAAAAAAAUGAGCCUUGGGCGAGAGCCCAGCCCGUCCAAUACUUGGUCCAGCCGGGUCACCAUCACAUCUCCCCAGUCCAAUCACGCGCUAACACUCUUCCUUCUCUCUCAUAAUUUAGUCCAAAAGCACCGUUUUCUUACAUAAAGGAACAAAAAAAUCAUUUGUCCCCAAACACGUAGUGCAAAGCAAUUGUUAUCCCUAGUUCAAUUGCUUCGGCAAGAUGAAGAAAUCGACGGCGGCGAAACAAGCAUUGGUGGUGUUUGGAGCCCUAUCAUUAGGAUGGCUUGCAAUUGAGCUGGCUUUCAAACCCAUCCUUGAUAAGGCCAGAGCUGCCAUGGACAAGUCCGACCCGGCUCGAGACCCCGAUGAAGAUCCCGUCGUCGUUGUCGUCGACGAGUCUGCUAGCAAGUCUUCCGAUGACUCAGAGGUUGCCACUGAUGAGUAAGGCUAAAGUUGGAAGAGUAUGAUUUUCUUAGGGAUUUUAUGAAAAUCCAGUUUAUGAUAUAAUAAUCAAAGAGAAAAUUAAUGGGUUUAGUUGUAAUUAUUGUUAUUAUUUUUCAAAUGGGAGUUUGUUUAGUGAACUACUUCUGUGCUAAAAUGUUAAUUGUCUAGACAGAGUUAAUCAAAUGAGUAUAUCUGUACUAAAAUGAAUUAACUCUUUGGUUGAUUGUAAAAUUUAUUCAUUCAUUGAUUGGACUUGGGAAUACUUGUUUUGCUCAA